AUGGAGACGCCCUUGGACCUAUUGAAACUGAACCUCGACGAGCGGGUGUACAUCAAGCUGCGCGGGGCCCGGACGCUGGUGGGGACGCUGCAGGCGUUCGACUCGCACUGCAACAUCGUGCUGAGCGACGCAGUAGAGACGAUAUACCAAUUGAACAACGACGAACUGAGCGAGUCUGAAAGACGGUGCGAGAUGGUGUUUGUCAGGGGGGACACGGUGACCUUGAUCAGCACGCCCAACGACGAGGACGGCGAGGGCGCGGUGGAGAUAUAA